CUGCUCGUUAGACCCCAAAUGGUUCCACCCUUCUCUGCAAAGUUCUAAUUUGGUCAAAGUCAAAAGUCGCACCGGCGAAAGAUGGAUCUCUGGUUCCUAAUCCUCGUCGCCCUCUCCGUCGCCGCCCUCCUCAGAGCCGCUGUCAACCUCUUCUCCUCCGCCUCCAAGAAGAAGAGCCUCCCGCCGGGCCCUCUCACCUUACCGGUCAUCGGCAACUUCCUAUGGUUCCGCAAGUCCUUCUCUGAGCUCGAGCCCGUCCUCCGUUCCCUCCACGCCCGCCACGGCUCGAUGGUCACCCUCCACAUCGGCUCCCAACCCGCAGUCUUCGUCUCUUCACCGACCCUCGCCCACCAGGCCCUCGUCCACCGCGGCGCUGUCUUCGCUGACCGCCCGCCGCCCCUGGCCACCAUGCGCGUCCUCUCCGCCAACCAGCACAACAUCAGCUCCACCUCCUACGGCCCCACCUGGCGCCUCCUCCGCCGGAACCUCACGGCGGAGAUCCUCCAUCCCUCCCGCGUCCGGUCCUACUCCGGCGCCCGUGCGUGGGUCCUCGACAUCCUUGUGGGGGAGCUCAAGUCCCAGCCUGGCGGCGUCGUCUGCGCCAUCGACCACUUCCAAUACGCCAUGUUCUGCUUGCUGGUCCUCAUGUGCUUCGGAGACAAGCUCGAAGAGAAGCAGAUUAAGCAGAUCGAGGAGGUUCAGCGAAAAUUGCUGUUGGAUCUGCAGCGGUUCAACGUGCUCAAUUUCUUGCCGCGGCUGACUAAGCUCGUGCUCGGGAAGCGGUGGAAGGAGUUCUACGAGCUCUGGGAGUGUCGGAAGCGCGUCCUCGUCCCGCUCAUUAGAGCUCGAUCCAAGGCCAAGCGAGAUCAAUUCAGCAAAUCCAAGGAGGACAGGAACGGCGACGACGGCAAUUGGAUCGUGUCGUACGUGGACUCGCUCCUGGAGCUGGAGCUGCCGGAGGAGAAGAGGAAGCUGGAAGAGGAAGAAAUGGUGUGCCUCUGCAAUGAGUUCCUCAACGCUGGAACGGACACGACGUCUACGGCGCUGCAGUGGAUCAUGGCCAACCUGGUCAAGUACCCAGAAAUCCAAGAGAGGCUCUACGAUGAAAUCAAAUCAGUCGUGGGACAAGCAGCGGAGCAGGUGAAGGAGGAGGACUUGCAGAGGAUGGGCUAUCUGAAGGCGGUGGUGCUGGAGGGGCUGCGACGCCACCCACCGGCGCACUUCGUGCUGCCGCACGCGGUGACGGAUGACGCGGAGCUGGGAGGGUACACAAUCCCCAAGGACGGGACCAUCAACUUCAUGGUGGCAGCGAUGGGUUGGGACCCGGAAGUCUGGGAAGACCCGAUGGAGUUCAAGCCCGAGAGGUUCUUGAACUGCGGCCGCGGCGAAGGAGAAGCCGGCGAGUUCGACAUCACGGGGAGCAAGGAGAUAAAGAUGAUGCCUUUCGGGGUGGGGAGGAGGAUGUGUCCCGGGUACGGGCUUGCGAUGCUGCACUUGGAGUACUUCGUGGCGAACUUGGUGUGGCUGUUUCAGUGGCGGACGGUUGCCGGCGAGGAGGUGGACCUGUCGGAAAAGCAGGAGUUCACCAUGGUGAUGAAGAACCCCUUGAGGGCCCAGAUUUGCCCCCGGAAUCCGGGCACCUAAAUUUCGGAAAAUGUCUGUAGAGGGUCGCCUUCUCAAUAAAUUCACAUAAAUGACACACUCUCUCU